CAAUAGUUACCGAUAGCAUUUCCGUCGGUGCCAGUGAAAGCAAAAGUGUUUCUGCUGUUCAUAGGCUGGUGAUAGUGUGGGUGGAUAAUAAACAGGUUGGAGUAAUGUUCCAGAGUCUUGACAGUGGAUCUUACAUGAAGCAGACAUCAGCGCGUGGCCUGAUAAAAGAUCAACAUGACCGAUGUGGACAGUGGUCAAACGUUUAUCGUUAACAGUAGGUCCACCUCUCCGGCUGAUAUAAACUACCACGGCCUUCUCAACCAAGGAGCAACGUGUUACUUGAACAGUGUGCUGCAGGUGCUGUUCAUGACCGGAGACUUCAGAGAGGCUGUGGAAAGGUACACCUGUAGCAACCCUGGCACCGAGUGUAUCGAUCAUCAACUCAAACCCUUGUUUGAGGACUUGAAGAAAAAAACAGCAAACACCAGUAAACUCACGGACAAGCUGGGCAUCGACAGUGUGUAUGAGCAGCGCGACGCAGCAGAGUACUGUGAGAGGAUUUUAACUCUGACCAGCCCUGAGGCAUCACAGAUCUUCCACGGAGAGCUGACGCACAGGACGACGUGUUCCGCGUGUGGCACGGAGACGAACGUAGACGGGCCCUUUUGGCAUCUUCCCCUCGGACUGGUGGAAUCGUACCGUGAGCACUACAGCGUGGUGGACGGCAUCGAGGAGCAUUUCCGAACCUCGUACUUCAGGGGAGAAAACCAGAUGUACUGUGACCAGUGUGACACCAAAUCGGACGCCGCUACUACAUGUGUGAUGAGGCGUCCCCCGGAGGUUUUGAUGUUGCUGCUGAAGAGGUUCGAGCUUGACUACCGCCACAUGACUUAUGUCAAAAACGACCGCGUUGUGGUUGUUCCCUGCGCACUACAGAUCCCAGAGAAUCAGACGUAUGAGCUGUACGCGGUUGUGGAGCACUUUGGUGAUCUAAGAGGUGGACAUUACACCGCAACCAUUAAGUCCCAGGAUGACGAGCGGUGGUACAACUUCAACGAUGCCACCGUCACACUGCUUGGUUAUCAGCCAUUCCAGCUGGAUAACGUUGAGAGAUCCCAGAGUGUUUAUCUUCUCUUUUACAGGAAAAAGAAAAGUAAGAGACGUGUUCUCCCUGCUCCCAUUGACAACGACGACCGGUUGGCCGGUGUUGUCAAGGUGACAGAGCGAGAGCAGGGUGAGGAGACGGUAGAAGCGGGUAAUGACACUCCGGAGGCUUUGCCCAUCGACGGAAAUGAGGAGACAGGAAUUAAAGACAUCGUCGGCGUUGGGUCUAGAGAAGUGGGGCUGUUACAUGACCUCAUGUGUGAUGUAGAGGAUGAGGACAAUGCCGCAGGUGUCAGGCAGAGACUACCACGCGAGUGUGAGAGUGAUUAUCUUCCAGAUGAAAAACGAGAGCAAGAUGAGGGGGAAAUAAUGAAGGAUGAGGAGGAAGAGGGCGGGGCAGAAGCUGACGAGCAGGCAGAAAAGAGAGGGCUGUUCUCCGCAGGAGCUCGGCUCGGCGACACGGUGGAGGAUCAGGACUGUGGCAGAGCAGGAGCAGGUGUUGAUCGCGAUCUCACACUGGAGGCCAGCGGCGGGCACGCGACACCUGAUCCCCCUGACGAAAAAGAUGAGAUGAGCGAAGACCAGGGGAGAGUAUUGAGUAUGAAGAUGGGCAGCGAUGAACUGACUGGAGGGGAUGAACAGUUAGAAAAGAGGGAGAAAUCCUCAACCAGAUACCUUGACAGCCACGCAGAGUAUCAGGACGGUGAAGGUGUAGACAACGCUGGAAAGAACGCCAGCGAAGAUCAGGGAGAGAAACAGGAAGAUUGCGACCUUCAACUUGUUAGUGCAGGCAAAAUGGCGGACGAGGCGGCGAGGGAGAUAGACGUUAGGGAUGCUAGUGAAGGCAAGACUGGAGCUGAUAAACUAACACCAGGAAGACAAAAGCUCUUGACAAAAUACGACCUGUGUCGUGGGCUUGGGGGCAACGGAAGAGUUGGUAAUAAUGAUCAGAACAGGCCAGAGGAUCAUCAGACGCGUAAACGGGAAGCUGGACCAGAUGACGGCCUUCAACUUGAUAAUAAACUGACCUCAGGGAGAAGAAAUGUCCUGACAAAAUACGACCUCUGUCGUGGGCUUGGGGACAACGGAAGAGUUGGUGACAGUGAGCAGAACAGGCCAGAGGAUGAUUGGGGGUUUAAACGGGGAGGCAGCAGCAGCAGGUUGUGCAAAAGACAUGAGCAAGACAGAGAGUAGAGGAGGGAUGUUGAAGGAGACAUGGAACAAAAGACAGGAGACGACCAAGCGGCGCAAAGGAAAGGAACAUCCACAACCAAGCCUGAGUUCAGCGAAGCGUUAGAGGAUCAGGACGAGCGAGGAUUCGAUGGCGUUCGGCAGAACAGACCAGAGCAGGACAUCGGUGUUACUCACACGACACGUGAGGAUGCUGGUGUGGAGGAACAAGGACGCGAACCCAUUCAAAAUCGAGAGGACUCGAAUCAAACAGGAUCGGAAAGUGGGGAGCAGCCGACCGGGGAGUUGAACGUGUCGUAGGGACGGGACCGGGGGAUUCUCAGCCAAAAGAAAGAACUGGAUGUAACGACGUCACAGUGGAGGGUGGACGUGGGUCAAAAUAGUCAAUAAUAUAUUACAAGAUAAUUGAGGAAGAAGUUACGGAAAACCCCAAAGAAGUAGUACGACGAAAAACCAUAAGAGUCAAAGCUGUGGAGGAAACUUAAGAGGAUGUUUUAAUUCAGCAGUAAUUAAGUAUUAAAUUUGUUUAGGAAAAAGUGUCAGACUAAGGAUGAUGUAAAUUCAUAUUUACUGCAUUGUAGAGAUCCACAAAGUUGUACUACUUGUGUCCAUUGUACGCAACAAUACUACAGAGAUCAGUUGAUGAUCCGGCAGUAUGGACAUCCUGUAUAGAUUCCCUUUGAUACUUUUGGUCAAUGGUGGCGUUCUUCUCUUUCCUCGGUUUGGUUCCUUCUAUUCAACAGAUGAUCGCCUUUGGUGGAUUUCGAUAAAGUAAAUAUCAGAUUUAAAAUCACGUUCACUAACUGAAUCAUCAAUGACGUUUUUGUCCCUCUUGUUGCUCCUCUCAGUUGCGUCAAAUUCAUAAUUCAUGUUGUCCUGACAUUAAAUGUAACGUGUAAUGUUCUUUCAGGCAAACAACAUAUAAGAUUCCCUUCAUAUGUGUGUGAUGUCAUUUACCUAAUGUCACUGGAAUGAUUGUGAUGUUGAUUUGAAUAAUAAAGAAAUACUUGCUUUA